ACAGCGGAUUGCUUUAUGGCUGGAGUAGUAUGUAGCUUAAAUUGAAUGAGAUUAAUUACUAGUAGUAAUAUAGUAAUAGCAAUCUUAAAAUGUAUCAUAAAGAGACAAGCUGGUUGAUGAACUCAACUGCUUCUGCCUUGAAUAAUAAUCUUUGUUCAUACAAAGAGUCUAAUGAUAAAGUACACUUUGCGGUUGUACAUAAAGGAACGGUUAAUAUUGUUACUGUUACUAGUAGUAUAGGCAGCAGUGUUUCUGACUCUGUGAAAGAUAGUAACCCAAGUGCGAGAACGAUUUCCUGUAAUGAAGCCAGUGGAUCAGGGGCCACUGUUACUAUUUUGCAGGCAAAAUGGGUGACUCUCAGAAGCCAAACUCUUUUAGUAAUCUCUACACUACGGGGAAUUCAGGUAUUUGAGAUGGAUGGAACAGUGUUACUGUUUUGGCAUCGGCUAGAAACAGAUGAUGCAGAAUAUUCUGAAGAAAUGUUUGCCCGAGGUAUAGCUGCUUGUGGACAAAACCUUCUGUGUGUUGGGACCCAUGAUGGUAGUGUACUGAUAUUUAGUAUGCCUGCUGAAAGUAAUACUUUAAACUACGUAGACAAGGUACGCUAUCAUCCUGCAGCAAUCUCAGAUCUUUGUGGGCAAGGCCAGACUCUGAUCAGUGGAGAUGAUCAUGGAAAUCUGGUGGUGUGGGAAGGCAGCACUACUCUUAAAAAAGUGAAAGAACUGGAGUCUUUCCAGUCACCAGCUACAAGCAUUGCAUGCUGGGAAGAACUGGUUAUGGUGGGGUAUGGAUCUGGACACAUACGUCUCUUCAACAUAACUACAGGAAUCAGAAGAGCAGAAAUAACGGCUCAUGCCUCCUGGAUAACAGCCGUGGACAUUGCAUUAGAGAGUGGACUUGCUAUCUCUGUCUCAGAAGACUCAUUUGUACGUGUCUGGCAAUUAAAAAAAGAUGGAUCACCUGUGGUGAGCUACAAGUCCAGCUGUAACAUUACUAACAUACAACUAUGUGGUGGAUGUUUUGUCAACAACUUGGGAAGUGCCUUCUGUACUACUGGAUAUGACUUGAAUGAAAUCUUGUAUUUUCACGUGUGAUUUCUGCUUUAAACAUAUUGGAAUGAUUGAGUAAUUAAAGUCCGUCCUUUAUUUAAAUAUUUCACUGAAUAUACUUUUCUUAGAAGUAGUUUUUAAAUGAUCUAAUCAGAUAUAGUACUAACCAGAAAUCUAGAAUUUUGCUGUUUUUCUUCAUUGUUUAUAUUUACAAUAGCUGCAUGAAAAUCACAUGCUUAACAUUUUAUAAACUACAAUUUGAACAGUUGGUAGAGAAAGUUUUAUUAAUCCACUCUUGACAGUUAAAAAAUUACACUUAGACAAAACAAUGAAAUUUAAAAUAACUAAUUUGAUGUGGCUUAGCCUUUUCUGAAAGUUAAAGCUUUUUCCCAUUUUUAAAUUUGUAUAUUUUCAAACAUUAAGAGCAUAUAACUAAAUAACCAGCCUUAUAAUCUUACAUUCCAGCUAACAAUGAUAAGCAUUUUAAAAAGCAAUAAAUAACCAGCCGUAUAAUCUUACAUUCCAACUAACAAUGAUAAGCAUUUUAAAAAGCAAUAAAUAACCAGCCGUAUAUUCUUACAUUCCAGCUAACAAUGAUAAGCAUUUUAAAAAGCAAGUAGCUGCUUCUAAGUAACUAUCCUCAUAAUCUUACCAGUGAUUUGUACUAUAUUUUGAAUAAAAUGUAAGAAAAGCAAAAAUAACGUCAUCAGUUAAUGUAUGUUUAAGUUAUAGAACAAAUAUUUUAUAGCAGUUAAACUGAUGUGGUUUUUAAAGUCAGUUAAAAAGUAAGGCCACAAAUUUUAUCUUUGUGUGUGAUAAAUGAAAGAAUUGUAUUAUUAUGUGAUUUUAUGUAUAUAAUUCAUUAAUGUAAACAGAUUGUUUCUCUACACAGUUGUGGCAGUAAAGAAACUGAAGUGCUACUAUAGCAUGCAGUGUACAAAGAUAUUUACACUAUAGCAUGUGGUCUACACAGAUACUAUCAUCAUCAUCACCAUUUUAAUGAUUCAAAAUUUCUUGUUAAAUAAUUUAUAUCUAUCCACGUUUUUGUUCAACAAAUAUUAAUAAGUUGUGUGUUCCAAAAGAGUACCUUAAAUUGUGCUAGUUUUGAUUAUUGGAAUUUAUUUCAUUCUUAUUAUAUUUGCCCCUAAAACAUUAUGUAAUGUUAUUUUGUACUUUAUUAGUUUAAAAGUGUUUUUUUUUAUAAUAAAUGAAAGUUAAAAUGAUGAUAAUGAUAGUAUCUGUGUAGUCUACACACUAUACUGUAAAUAUCUUUGUAGAUCAUAUGCUAUAAUACUACCCAAACAUGUUUGGUAUAGUCAACUUUGUAAUUUAGUAAUAAUAUUUUUUGUUCAGGUUUUGAUUCAAUUCUUGAGGUUUUUCUGCUUUUAAAUGUAAAUACUUUAGUUUCAUUAGCAUAUAAGUUACAUUUAUGCAGGCUUGUAGUCAUGCAACUUAGAAUUUCAAUACAAUGCAGACUAAAACUAGUCACACUGUUUUCACACAUAGAAUAUUUUGAUGAUAGAAAUUGUUCUUUCUGUAUAAAUAGAUAUUUUUUUUACUGAUAACAUCGUUGUGUCAAGGCAAGUUUUGUUCUGCUCUAUAAAAUUGUUAAAGACAAGAGUCUGAAGCUGUAAUUAAAUACAUAUUUUUAUGUCUUUAACAGAAUUAUUAUCUUAAAUUCAUCUGUUUUUUUAAACAUUUAAAGCUUUUACCAUUGUAAUAAAAUUUUAAGACAAAAUUUAGAAGUGAAAAUCACACCUAUUGGUUACAUCAUAUCACUAUGCUACCUUACUUUGAAGUUUUGAUAUUCAUUAGCCAUCUUAUUUAUAAUUUGUGUUGUGAGAUCCUGUUUGCCUUAAUAUUGUGUUUCAUCACUGCUGUUAUGUGUCGCAAUAAAAAAAAUCAGAUCUG